UCGUGUUUAUUCUAAUAUAGGCUAUAAUUAAUUCCGUUUUUAAGGACAUUCUGUCAUCGAGUGUUUCAACCAAAUGGCAUUAUAGUGGAAGCAUCAGAAAUAUCUCACAUGACUACUCCAUACAUUUUAACCCUUUAACGCAGAUUUUUUUUAAUCCCAGGGUUUGCUAAUUUAUGGUCUGCAACUCCAUUCAUCUUUUAAGUGGCCCACAUUCUUGUAUCAUCCCCUCUGUGGUUUCCUGUUAUGUAAUUUCACCCCCAUUAGACUGCAUCAGCCUCAGAAUGUUUGCCGCUUGAGUUUGCAGGAUUAUACACCCCCGAAGCCUAAAGAAACAUGGAUGUACCUUCAUCCUCACUCCAGUACGGAUCAAAAAAGAGAGUUAAGAUUCACCCAAACACCGUGACAGUGAAAUAUGCCACUCACUUCCCCCAGCCUGGCGAUGAAGGGUACGAUGACGCACCCUCUUUUGAGGAAUUCGGCGCCUUCGCAGAAGCCAAUGUGGAAAAGAGACUGGUGUCGGACACCAAAGGGGGCAGGACUUUCUUUGGAACCUUGGAGACCCAGCCGAAGCAGCCAAGUGCGCAAAGGGACAAGGGGGUCGGGGGUCAGCUGGCUAGCUUCGGCGAGGCGAAUGUGUUGGCCUCCAGGGUGACCUGGAUGGCUUUGUUCGGGGCCGCGGCGGCUCAUGGUUGCGUGGCACUGAUCACUCGUUUAGCGGCCGACCGCUCUAAAGUGCCCUCCCUCGAGCUGCUCUUCAUCCGCUCCGUGAUCCAAGUGCUGUCCAUCCUGGUCGUCUUCUACUACCAGGAGGCCCCAUUUGGCCCCAAGGGCUACCGCCUGCGUCUCUUCUUCUACGGCGUCUGCAACGUAAUCUCCAUCACCUGCGCCUACACCUCUUUUGCCAUUGUACCACCAAGUAACGGCACCAUUAUGUGGCGUGCCUCCACCACAGUCUUCAGUGCAAUACUGGCCUUCCUGCUCCUAGAUGAGAGGCUAGGCUACACCGAUGUGGUCACCGUGGUGGGCAGCGUGUUUGGCCUGUGUCUGGUCAUGGUGCCAAACGUUGCCGACGAGGAGAAGUCCAGGCUGAGCUUUUGGAAGGAGGCCUUUGGCUACACAAUGACAGUGAUGGCCGGUCUGACAGCUGCCCUCUCCAUGAUCGUCUACAGAGCCAUUAAGGAGCGUGUAAGUAUGUGGACAGCACUCUUUACCUUCGGCUGGACGGGCACAGUGUGGGGGGCCUCCACCAUGUUUAUCAUGCAGGAGCCCAUCAUCCCUCUGGACGGGGAGACCUGGGGCUAUUUGAUCGGGAUCUGUAUCUGCUCCACCGUGGCAUUCUUGGGAGUAUACUACGCUCUGAACAAGUUUCAUCCAGCCUUAGUCAGCACCGUGCAGCACCUAGAGUUCGUGGUCGCCAUGCUCCUCCAGCUCAUUGUUCUGAGGAUGAUCCCAUCCGUCUACGACGUCAUCGGAGGCCUGGUCAUCAUGAUCAGUGUGUUCACGCUGACGGGAGUGAAGCUGUACAGAGUGAGCAGGGCCAUUCGGCAGGAUUACCAAGAGAUCCUCGACUCACCCAUCAAAUGAGUUUAGAUACGUCAGUCUGUUUGUUUACAAUCGUGCUUGGUCGUGCAACUUAACGAAUGUCUGGGUCUUCUCUUCAUCUGAUGAUUUUGUAUUGUUGUGUUGUUGGAAGAGUGCCAGUGGUGUAAACUAAUGUCUUAAUAUCUGUGCGUGAACUUAAUGACAAAUGUAAUGUGGUGACCAUUUCCCCGUGAUAAUAUUGAUUUUGAUGUCAAAUUGUGUCACAGACCAAAAUGUCAGGAAAAGGGAAAAAAAGAAUCAGUUCAAUUAUUUUGUGUGAAUUAUUUUGCGCCAACCUUUUAAAUCAUAUGGAAUCUGGUCUUUUGAGUGGCAGCGUAAGAACAUCGUUUUAUUGAUCUACACCUUUAAUCAUCAUAACAUCAACAGGGUGUGUGGCAUCCCUCUGUUGUCUUGCUGCCACACUGUGUAAAUGUCAGCCCAGAAAUCAUGCAUACAACAUACAAGGAUUGAAAGAAUAAAAAAUAAAUACCACCCACCUUUUCCUAAAACA